AGUAUACGGUGCUCUGAAUUUGUUCAUUUUGUGAUUCGUUUAAGUUUAAUUUUUGUGAAAAAAAAAAUGGCACGUAGACUAUACCAUGAAAUCAAUGCCUUCAUCGAAGGAAGAACGGAUGAUAAAUUGAUUACAACCUCAAACUCGGAUGUAUACAAAGAUCACGAAAUAUCAUUGAAUGAUGUGGAAUGUGACUUCAGUCCUUGGAAAGGUGAUCGUGUUAGACUGUGCAUCAUAAGAGAAAAUCCACCGAGAGUGUAUAAAAUUCAACCGUGGGAAGAUCUUCGCAUCGAAACGGGACAAAUUACGAUGUUGACGAAGAGUUUUGGUGUCAUCAACGAGGAAAUUGUUUUCUAUCCAGAACAAAAUGAUCUGGGAAUCGAUUGGGAAGCAAAACUAGGUGAUGAAGUGAAAUUCGUUGCGAUCGAAGGUGAAUACGACAUUGGAAAAACAAAAUACGAAUGGCGCUGUGAAAAUAUAAAAUUUUUUGUUGAAAAUGAAGAAAAUGAAAAAGACGUUAAGCUUUGGUUCGGUGAUGAGACGGUUGGUACAGAACAUAGUUCGGUUGUAAAUAACAUUGAUACCGAUACGGAAAUAUUACAAGAUGAACCGAACAUGCAAUUUGAAGGUUAUCGAAAUAAAGAACCAAAUGAAGAAUACUACGAUUUGCCAUGCGGUCUCUUUGAUGUUCUUAUGUCAAAGAAUGAACUUCGGCCACCAAUUUCAAUUGGUGAUAAAAUUGAAGUGCGCAAUUCAAAGAACAGCAGGCGAUUCUAUCGCGGCAUUGUUGAACGUAUACGUGAAGAUCGAUUCAUUUUAAAGUUCAAACAAGAUUUUGAAGCGGACUACAUACUUGGCGAUACCUACGAAGCUCAAUUUUUCUACAGUCGAACGGUUUAUAUGAGAAAACACGCUGCUAUCGACUACGCCAAACGCAAAUUGAGCGAAUCAUUUCUGUUUCCAACGGAAUUAACAGUCAAAGAUUUGCAGCUCAACGCUGAAUUGAAGGACGACAAGUUGAUGAUAGCCGACAAUGAAGUAAAAUGGUUCAAGGAAAAUUUGAACACCGAACAGAAGUUUGCUGUUGCCAGCGCAUUGCGAGCGGAAUGUCGACCUUACCCAUUCAUCGUAUACGGUCCACCGGGCACCGGAAAGACAUCAACCUUAAUCGAAAUUAUUCUACAAGUAUACACACAUGUAACAGACUGUAAGAUUUUGGUGGCAACACAAUCGAAUAGUGCAGCAAACCUUGUUGCUAGUCUUUUGAUAGCGCAACAUCCAGAAACGAGCACCAAUAUGUUACGAUUGGUCAGCCACACAGUUUUGGAUCGAAAAAAAUUACCAAAGGAUCUGUACAAAGUUAGCGCCUCCGUGAUGAAUGCGAAUAUCGAAGAAGAAAAUAAACUCGACGAUUAUGACGAUAUACCAGCAGAUAUUAAGCGAAACUGCAAUUUGGAAUAUUUGAAGAAAUUCAAGAUCAUCGUUGGUACUUGUGUCGGUCUUGGUGUCAUGUUUGGCAGUGAAUUCAGUAAUGGAUAUUUUUCACAUGUACUCAUCGAUGAGGCAGCCCAAUGCAACGAGUGUGAGGCUUUAAUUCCUCUUUCGUUUUUGAACUUGGAGCACGGCCAAGUCAUAAUGGCAGGCGACCCGUUGCAGUUACCUCCAAUCACAUUAAGCGACCAUGCAAAGCAUUACGAUUUGGUAAGAUCGAUGUUGGAACGAUACAUCAACACAUACAAAACGAUGAACGGUGUAAUACCGGGAGAGGAUAACAAUGGUUAUGAUCAUAGAUUAGUGACCAAACUUCGACGCAAUUAUCGUGCAUUGCCUAGUAUCAUGCACUUCUAUAGCAAACAGUUCUAUGAUUCACAAUUGAUUUCAACAUUGUGCGGCGAUACCAGUGUUGAAGCGAUUAAAUUGCGUGAUUUAAUGAGAAUCCUGCCCAAACGUACCGAUUCCGAAGACAAAAAUCCGUUCGGCUACUGCUUUGUCAACGUUGAAGGACGAAAUGAGCGCAUGGAGAACAAAAAAUCAUGGGAAAAUAAGGAAGAGGUGGCCAUUAUAAAAGCGUUUAUCCCAAAACUAUUGGAUCGACGCAUAGCUCAAGAAGACAUUGGUGUCAUCACACCAUAUCAUGCACAAGUGAUGGCUUUACGGAAAGAAUUGAAACACAUGCAGAAAGUAGCGGUCGGAACUGUUGAAGAGUUUCAAGGCGAAGAAAAAAAACUUAUCAUUAUUUCAGCUGUUAAGACAUCGGGCAAAGCAAAAGCACUGCAAUUCAUUUAUUGUCCGAAGCGCCUUAACACCGCUAUAUCACGGGCUCGCAUGUUGGUGGUCAUUUUCGGCAAAGUCAACUUACUCGAAGCUGAUCCGAAUUGGGCUGACUUGAUUGCAUACUGCAAGGAGCACGAAUCCUACAUCGAUGGUAAAGACAUCAUUCAAAUAUUAUGAUUAAUGGUUUUCAAAAUUCAAAUGCCCGAAACAAAAACAUUAAUCAAUAAAAACAAACAAUAUAACGAUUAUAGAUUGAUUAAUACCUAAACUUUAUUAUUGUCACAAUUCCACAAAUAUUGUUAAAAAUAGAUAUUACAAAUUUAGAUUUACUCAAUAUUUACUCAAACUCGGAUUGAUUUAAUUUAAUUUCCUCCCU